CAACGAGGCCAAGACAUCGACAGCCGAUUAUUCGGUACGGAUUUCUAUUCCUCGGAAAAUUCUGACCGUUUGGAAGGGAAACGGGGAUGGAAGCUCCGGAAGAUUCAUUAUUCAAAUUUUGAAAUUCGUCUUGGGACUGAAUUUUUCUAGCGCUGCCCUCAAAAAAAGUCUCGCCAUUUUGGCAAGAAAUAUGGAUUUUCGCGAAAAAAAACUGCAGAGAGAGAGAGAGAGAGAGAGAGAAAGUGAAGAAGAUAUGGAGAAAGCUAAGUACAGGGAGACUCUGCGGGAGGGCGGGGCUUCGUGGGAAGGGUGAGAGCCGUGAGGUAUUGUGGGAGAGGGAAACGGGGGUUGUGCGGUAGUGGAGGCAGGGACGGAGGAUCGCACAAGGAUGAGAGUAGGCCAGUAUGUAAGGGAAGGAAUUGGACCAGAUCUGGGGAAUUUUCCUCUCCGGCUGACAGUUCCUCAAUAGAGCCGGCGUCAACGCCAUGGCCUUGCAGAUACGCAACUCCUUUUUUUCACGGAAGUUAGAAGCUUUAGAACCCCAAUUCUGAACACACAAUGGAACUUUCUUUCACCCCAUGGACCCAUGGUCAUUGAAUAAGGGGACUGUUCGAGUGAUAGCAGCACUGUGAUCGGAUGUUGUGUAUGUUCAUGUAGAGAAAACCCAAGACCUAUUUCACUUUUUCUUGGAUAUCAAGAUUUUCUUUGCCGACGAAGGACAAUCGUAUAAGCAAAGCCUGACGGUUGAGUACGGCGGGAGAAGCGUUCGGUAGAAGUCCUGUCUCUCUUUUUUCUUUUCGAUGUACAUCUCUCUCCGUUUAAACGAUUGACCGUCAAACUUCUGACUUCUUAGGCAUCAGAGUAAAAGUAAGGCUUCUCUCUCUCUCUCUCUCUCUCUGCAGUCGGGGACGGACCAUAGACGUUUCGUUGUAUUCAAUCCUCGUUCAUUAGUCUGGUCUCUUCGAUCUUUUCAGUUCUUUAGGCUCUGAUAUUUCUUUCUUGGAGGGGAUUUAUCAGUUGAACUCCUUCCUAUCACUUCCGUUUCUUUAACGUAGAACCGCUCCUUCGGUCUUUCAUAGUCGUUACCCGUUAUCCUCUUUUCCAUUCCAACGGUAGAGGGGUCGAUUUUGUUCACAGCCGAUGAUUCUCCAAUACUGCUAACAUUAGAUUAGCUGAGAAUUUGGUGGAUCCGUCAAUAAACCGUUAUUCUUGCAAAAUCUGUAUUUCUAUAAGCCCUCUUUGAUAGCGAAGUGAUCGACUAAUUCGCCUCCUCCUUUGGCUUUUGUGCGUGCACAAGAAACUUUAGGCUAUUUAUGUGAAGCCCUUCAUCGAAUAUUUUGUUCCAGAAAGUAGUCCAAAAUCAAGGUCCCUGAACCCAGAUUAAUUGGAAUCUGCUAUGCUGAUUACAUGUUUUUUCGAAGACGACGUCCUGCACAAGAGGUGAUGGAUAAAGGAAAUUUUGUUGGCUUUCAUGGAGUUGAACCAAUAACUGAAGAUUAUGCGAUGAUCAUCAAAUUUAACGAGUCUGGAUCCGUUUUCAGCUGCACAUAGGUCUCUUUGAUAUCUGCAAUCGAUGGGGGAGUGGGUUAUUGGAGCAUUUAUCAACAUUUUUGGUAGCAUAGCUAUAAACUUUGGGACAAAUCUACUCAAGCUGGGUCAUGAUCAGAGAGAAAGGCUUUCUAUGCUAGAUAGUGAUGGACCACUAGCAAACUUUUCGAAGCCAAUCAUAUACUUUCAGACUUGGAGAGUUGGUAUUCUAUUUUUUGCUUUGGGGAAUUGUCUCAACUUCAUUUCCUUUGGUUAUGCUGCUCAGUCUCUUCUUGCAGCCCUUGGAUCCAUUCAAUUCGUAUCAAACAUUGCAUUCACAUACUUUGUUUUGAACAAGAUGGUGACUGUGAAGGUACUGGUUGCCACAGCCUUUAUUGUUGCUGGAAAUGUCUUUCUGGUUGCUUUUGGCAACCAUCAGUCACCUGUUUACACUCCAGAGCAGUUGGCAGAGAAGUACAGCAAUGCAAUAUUCCUUCUUUAUUGCCUUAUUUUGAUCUUGGUGGUUGCUGUGCAUCAUUACAUUUACAGGAGAGGAGGACUUCUGCUUGCCGUUUCUGGACAUGACAUUAGCCACUAUUGGCACAUCCUACUGCCCUUUUCCUAUGCUGUUGUUUCUGGUGCUGUAGGAUCAUGCUCAGUGUUGUUUGCAAAAUCCCUGUCUAACCUGCUCAGAUUGACAAUGUCCAAUGGUUAUCAGUUCCAUAGCUGGUUCACAUACUCCAUUUUGCUUUUGUUUCUUAGUACAGCUGGGUUUUGGAUGGCAAGGUUGAACGAAGGAUUGUCGCUCUUUGAUACAAUCGUUAUUGUCCCCAUGUUUCAAAUAGCUUGGACCUUAUUCUCUAUUUGUACAGGAUUUGUGUACUUCCAGGAAUAUCAGGUCUUCGAUGCAUUAAGGACCACAAUGUUUAUACUGGGAAUGAUGUUUGUGUUCAUAGGCAUUUCCUUGCUGGCACCUGAUGAGUCAAAAGCUGGCGAAGCCAAGGAUUCUUCUUCUUUGGAUUUAACAUCUCCAAGCAUUACCACUGAUAUGGACAGGCUGCUGAAAUUGCCAUCUGAGGAGGCAGAACAUAAAGACGUGGGUUCAUUUUGGCAAGUGAUUACGACAAAAGCUAGAUCAGUAGUAACCAAGGCAAAGACUGCUUGUACACUUUCAUUAGGUCUAGGAGAUGAUUCAAUCAGUGCAUCUUCAGUUCUUGUGAUGCCCAUGGUGUCUUCGAGGAUGACCGGAUUUAGAGGAAUGGGUAUUGAACGGACUAAUCUUUUAUCCUUGAAAAGUGGUGGUUGGAGUAGGAUCGCAAUGGAUGAGGAGGGCGUGACAAUGUUGGAGACAAGUUCCAUUAUCUCAUAAAGCCAUGGGUAGAGGUAGCAAUACAGCAUAAUGUUCAUUGACGACAAUAUUUUUUUUUUAGUUGCUUUCAUUGUAUCAUGAUUGUAUAGAAAAUGGUUCACUUUCUCUCUCUCCCCUUUCUUUUUUCUUUUGAGUUUAUUUUUGCUGCCUCCUUCCUUCCUGUUGUUGUCUUGAGGUGUAAUUGAUCAAAUCAAUGAUACCAUACUCUAUGAUGUUUCUA